AUGAUGAAAGUCGAAUGUAAAGUGCGCGUACAAGAUGUUUCAAAACCAUUUAAAACCAACAGAGGACUGCGCCAGGGAGAUGCGCUAUCAUGCACGCUGUUCAACCUAGCGUUAGAAAAAGUUAUGAGAGAUUCGGGAAUAAACUUAAAAGGUACGAUAUAUACCCGUAGUAUACAAGUAAUGGCAUACGCUGAUGAUAUCAUCAUAAUUGGAAGAACCCAAAAUGAAGCAGUGGAGGCUUUCACACGUAUCAAAAAUGCCGCAGAAAACAUCGGACUUUUGAUUAACAUCCAGAAAACUAAAUAUAUGCCGGCCAUAUCAAGAAUUCAACAAAAUAACUUAGAGGUACAACACGAAACGAUAGAAAAGGUAGGAGAAUUCUGCUACUUAGGAUCACUGGUAGACUACAAAAAUAACACAUCCAAAGAGACAAAAAAAAAAGAAUAUGCGUGGCUACCGCUGGUAUUUUGGCUUGGGCCCUCAACUAAGAGCGAGAAGUAUGUCAAUAGAGAAUAG